AUGACUGAACAAUCAAAACAAAUAUUAAUUACAUCUACAGCUAUUACAACAUUACUGGUAGUUUUUAUUAUCAUUUUUUUACCAGCAGCUAUAACUAAUUUUCAAAAAAAAUCAUCAUUCAUUCUAGAACAUAUUAACAAAUGUCAGUUUGAAAAUAGAGAAGUAUGGAAAAUGUUAGCUGAUAAAAAAACAUUAAAACGUAAUAAACGUGGUUAUGCAAAUGUUUAUGGAAGUGAUAUAUUACAAAAUGUUGGUGGAGCAUGUUGUAGUUGUCAACAAGGUCUUCCUGGUCCACAAGGACGUAAAGGUAAACCUGGUAAAGAUGGUACACCAGGACCUGUCGGUGUACCAGGAAGAAAUGGAAAAAAUGGAGUAUACAUUUAUCCACAAGUUGAAUUAAGAGAUUCAUGUCAAAAAUGUCCACCUGCCCCUAUAGGUCCUCCAGGAUUACCAGGACCUAAAGGACCACGAGGACCUGCUGGAAAUACUGGUAAACCAGGUAUUCCAGGUAAACCAGGUAGAAAAGGACCUAAUGGACCAACAGGUGCACCAGGAGCUCCAGGUGAACCUGGUCCACAAGGACCACCCGGAGAUCCAGGUCGUGUUUUAAAUGGUGCUCCUCAAGGGCCUCCAGGACCACCUGGUUCAGUAGGACCAAGAGGAAGAAUUGGAGUAGCUGGAAGAGAUGGACAACCAGGUUUACAAGGUAUUCCAGGUAUUAAAGGAGUUAUGGGUGAUCGUGGUCAACACGGAUUACCAGGUCCAAUGGGACCUCCUGGACCACGUGGACCACCAGGAAACCCAGGAUCAUGCUUACAUUGUAGAAAUUUAAAAUUUACCAAUAAUAAUGAAAAUAUAAAUAACAAUAAUGUUAAAGCUGACAAUAAUUAUAAUAAUAAUGAAGGAGAAGAAAGAAAAAGUAGUCAUGCCCCGUCUGCAAUUCCAAAUCAAAACAGUUUCUCUUCAAGAGACAAUACAUAUAAUGAUAAUAAACAACAAAAUAUUUGGCCAGAAACUCAACAACCUAUUACAACAGUAGCACCAUUUAAAUUGUUAGCAUCAAAUAAAGGUAAAAGUAUGAAAAAUUAUGAUGGAGAUUAUGAUAAUUAUAGAGAAAGAUUAGCUAUGUCUCGUAGAUUUAAACAAAGAGCAUAA